AAGGUCAUUCGUCAUUCUUUUGAUUUUUGAUGGUCAUUCGGUUUUUCUCCGGCAAAAAUAAGAAAAUACUUUUAAUUAUUAAAGAUGGUUAAAAUAUUAAUUGAAUCUGAAACAAGUGGUAUAGUGAAACAAUUAGCGACACUUAUAGAAAAUAGUGCAAAUGAAGCCAUCGCUAGUGACGAUAUUUUCAAAAUAGGCUUGUCUGGUGGAUCAAUGGUGAAUUUUUUGGUCGAUGGCUUACCGACAAUUUCCACUGAUUGGAGUAAAUGGCGUUUUUUCUUUUGCGACGAAAGAAUUGUCUCAUUUGAUCAUGCUGAAUCGACAUAUGGAUCAUAUAAAAAAAGUCUUAUAGGAAAAAUACCAGUUUCCGAGGAUCAAUUUAUAAGAGUUGAUCCAGAACUUUCUGCUGAGGAAGCAGCAAAGGAUUAUAUUAAAAAAAUGUCGGUUUAUUUUCCACCUGAUUGCGUACCAAGGUUCGAUGUUUUAUUAUUGGGAAUGGGACCAGACGGUCAUACAUGCUCAUUAUUCCCCAAUCAUCGUCUACUAGAGGAAACAAGUCUCUGGAUUUGUCCCAUUAAUGAUUCACCUAAACCUCCUCCAUCAAGAAUUACUUUAACAUUUCCAGUUAUUAAUAAUGCCAAAGUUUGCAUUUUCGCUAUCUCAGGAGAUAGCAAAAAAACUAUGGUGAAGCGCAUAUUGAAGGAUAAGGAAAAUUUGCCAGCAACGAGGGUUCAACCUAUUGACGGUUCACUUUAUUGGAUACUUGACCAAGAUGCAGCAAAAUUAUUGGACCAUAUUUCCUUACAGAGAAUAGAAAAUUCCUCUAACAUUCCAACGUCUGUUUAAUUAUUUUAUUUUUUUUUUUUUAUAAAUACGUGCAAAUAAUUUUUGUAUAUUUUGUACAGAUCCUUCUCAAAAAUUGAAAUGAAAAAAAAAACAUUACCGAGCAGGAUUGUCAUCUAUUUUACAGUACAAUUUUUGAGCUUUAUAUAAAAAAAAAACACACACACACACGCUGUUGGUCCGAUCUGUGAAAUCGUACUUAAAACAAAGCAUAUAAUUUCUUAAAUAUAUUUCCUUGAGAUUUUCCAAAACAAAGUAAAAAAAAAAAAAGUAAAAAGAAAUUACCGACUGUUAUCGUUGAAACAAAAGCGAAUGGAUUUUUAUCAAUGCUGCCUUAUAUUACAAAUUUAUAAAAUUUCUGCGAUGUUAAAAUAUCAUUAAUGGAAAACAAAUAAAAAAAAAAAAUCUUAUGUUAA